GACAUCGUAAAAUAACUCCCUCAACGCUGUUGGAAGCCGUCAGUGCAACACAGAGGAGACAAUCGAGUUUGAUAUAGCUUGAAAAAAUGAAUAUAUCAGACGUAAAACCAACAUUAUCAAAAUAACAUUGUUACCCAGGACACACGGAACUUUUUACAGUCUUUGACUGUCCUAUAUCUGUCAUUACUAAAGGCAGUUUAGCCUUGUUUAUAUUGUUGUGCAAGCGAGCUUUGAACAGGGUCAGGGAGGCCCUAUCUGGUGCGGGAAGCGGCCGCCUUCUUCAGAGUGUGUUGUUGAGUGGUUCGGUCUUUUAGCGCACCAAAGAAUAUGAAACAGGUGUCACAAUGACGUCCAGAUUUGGUAAAACCUACAGCCGUAAGGGAGGCGACGGCUCAUCAUCCAAGUUUGACGAGGUCCUGUCCAACAAGAGAGCCACGCUCAGUACCAAAUGGGGCGAGACGACAUACAAGGCCAAGGUGAGUUCCAAGCGCCCCGGCCAGAAGACUGAGGUGGCAGAGCAGCCCAAGAGGCCCAAACUCUCCAACGAGAGCUCAGAGGACCCCUUUGGGUUUGACAGCGAUGAGGAGUCCAAGACGGUCACCUCUCGCGUCCCACAGACAAAGGCCUCCCCAGUCAAGCCGGCAUCCACAGAGCUGCCCCUGACAGGGAGGCCAGGAUUCUCCCUGGAGUCCAGCAGCAGAACCAGCCUUGCUCCCAGUAGAGCAACCUCUAGUCUGGGGAUUGACAGAACCCAACUGAGGGUCACCGAGGACACAGCCAGGUUCUUCAACACAACCCCCACAACAGCCAAGCCAAGCCAACCGAGCUGGUCUAACGAUGGUGCGACUGCAGAGAAACACAGCUACUCAUGGUACAGCAACGCCUCAGAGAGCGACAAGAAGCCCAUCGCUCAGACCACCACCCUAAAGAGUGAGGCCAAGGACUCUUACGACAACUGGGAUGCAGUGAUGCUUCUGGGGCCCACCUCACCCACCCCAGAGCCCCCUAGAAACCCCUCAUCAAUGUGGGGUGGCGCGGGCGGCUACGGCCUUGGCCUGGGUCUGGCCAGGGAGGACAAGCCAUCACCAGAGCCGACCCCCAGUUACGAGGUGGGCCAGGGGGACUUUGAAGUCCCCAUCGAGCCCUCCGAGUCCCAGGACCACUCCCAGUCUCUCCUCAGGGCCAGCACCAACUGCCGGACCUACCGCCGGCCCAACAAAGGCAAGCAGGCCGGGGACUCUGACAGCACCAGUAGUACUAGCACCAGUACUAGCACAUCCUUCAGUAGUGGGCCCGGAUCUGGCCCACUCAAGACCAACAAUACAGAGAACAGCAGCAAGCCAGUGGGCCGCGGGAGGACGAGAGACUACACAGUGCUGCACCCGUCCUGCCUGUCGAUGUUUAACGUCACCAUUCAAGACCGGGUCAUGGAGGAAUACAACCCCGCUUCUGCUGUGGCUGCCCCGCUGACAGACCUGGGAGAGGCUGGCCGACUGCAAAAGAAGACGGAACCAGCACCGGCCAAGCCCACCAGGUUCAGACCUACACAGAGCAAGGCAAAGAAAGACACCAAGCUGGACUUCUUUGGCUUCGAGGAAAACGAGGCGGGCCGUGGUGCCACCCAGGAUGAGGGCAGUUCUGACCCCGUGGCAUCCGGCAGCUCCAACUACAAGAUUAAGUACUUUGGCUUUGACGAUAUGAGCGGCAGCGACAGCGACGAAGACGAGGGGUCCCACGCCAAAGAGAGGAAGGCUAAGAGGGCUGUAGCCACCGCUGCUGCAGCCGCAGCCUCCUUUGCUGCCAUGGAGAUGAGGGUGGACAUCCCCCUGUCAGGCAGUGAGGAGCUGGACAGUCAAACCAGCAGCAACACAGGUCAGGGACAGGGCCUCAGCCGAGAUGUGAUGGACUUCCCAGAGGACAACUCUGCCUCUGUGGGCCUAGAGAUGCCCAGGAGACCUCAGGCAAAACAGGUGGAGAAAUCAAAGGAGAGAAGGGAGACCAAUAGGAAGAUCUUCAGUGGCCCCAAAAAGUCUCCCACUAAAGCUGUGUACAACGCCAGACACUGGAACAGAGAGCCAGAGGAGCUGCCCCCGCCACCCGUACCCCGAUCAACCACUGCAACCGCCAGCCAGUCGAGCGGGAGCAGCAAAGAGGCCAACUCGCACAAAGACGACGGCCUGUUCAAAGCGCCGCCAUGCCCACCGCCCAAAGUCAUCAAGUCUGUGUCGUUCCCCACCGAGCCCUACCAGGACAUCGUCACUGCACUGAAAUGUAGGAAAGAGCACAAGGAGCUAUACACAGUAGUCCAGCAUGUCAAGCACUUCAACGACGUGGUGGAGUUUGGCGAGAACCAGGAGUUCACCGAUGACUUUGAGUACCUGGCCACUGGCUUGAAGAGUGGCCAGCCCCUCAACACACGCUGCCUUAGUAUCAUUAGCCUGGCCACCAGAUGUGCCAUGCCCAGCUUCAGAAUGCACCUGCGGGCCAGAGGGAAGGUGGCCCAAGUCUUCAAGACGCUCAAUGAUUCCCCACAGCACCCAAACCUCUCCCUGUGUACGGCCAGUCUGAUGUACAUCCUGAGCCGAGACAGACUCAACAUGGACCUGGACCGGGCCAGUCUAGACCUGAUGAUCCGCCUGCUGGAGCUGGAGGGGGACCACUCUGUGGCCAAGGACAACCAGCUCACUGCCAAGGAGAUGUCAAAGGUCAAGGAGAAGAUCCGCAAGCUGUGCGACACGGUGCACAACAAGCACCUGGACCUGGAGAACAUCACGACGGGGCAUUUAGCCAUGGAGACCUUAUUAUCGCUGACCUCCAAGCGGGCCGGAGACUGGUUUAAAGAGGAGCUUAGGCUUCUGGGAGGCCUGGACCACAUAGUGGAUAAAGUGAAAGAAUGUGUGGAGAACCUGAGCCACGAGGAUGACAAGGAGAAGCUGGUGGCAUCGCUGUGGGGAGCUGAGAGGUGUCUACGGGUGCUGGAGAGCGUAACUGUUCACAACCCAGAGAACCAAGGCUACCUGAUCGCUUAUAAGGACUCUCAGCUUAUCUGCUCCUCAGCCAAGGCCCUGUGGCACUGCGAGGAGAUGAUCCAGCGCUACAGCCGGGAGACUGGGGUGAACAGUGCCCUGUGCUCGGCGGGCACCGCCCUGCCAUAUGCCAGCCACAGCAAUGUGGGUAAGGCCGUGGAGGAUUGCAUGAGGGCCAUCAUCGGCGUGCUGCUCAACCUCACCCACGACAAUGAGUGGGGAAGCACGAAGACAGGCGAGCAGGAGGACAUGAUCAUGACAGCGUUGAACUGUGUGCUCCGGGUCCCACAGUACCUUCAUCAGGAGAGGAGGUUCGACAUCCGAGUACUGGGUCUGGGUCUGCUGAUCAACCUGGUGGAGUACAGUGCCAGGAACUGCCACUGUCUGGUGGAGAUGGAGAUGGACGGAGGAGCUCCCUUCAACUCUGUCCUGGUGGCUGACAAAGAGGAGCUCAAGACGGAAGGAUCGCUCACCGCCAUCGCUGCCCUGGUGCAGCUCUUCCUCCAGCGGGAGCAAGCGGCCAUAGCGGCGGAGGCGGAGACGGAUGACUUCAUCAACGACGUGCCCAAACCCAAGCUGGACCAGAGCGGCGAGUGGCAGGAGUCUGGUGGCGAGAUCCAAUGGGUGGCCUCGGAGAACAACAACACCAACGCCAUCAGCGAGAAGGAGAAGGCCAAGAAGGAGGAGGAAAACGAGGAGCUAGACCUUACCAAAGCUCUUCAGCAUGCUGGGAAGCACAUGGAGGACAGCAUCGUGGCCUCCUACACUGCACUGCUACUGGGCUGUCUCUGCCAGGGGAGUCCGAUGAAUGUGACUAUUGUGAGAGAGAACCUGCCCAAAGGAGAUUUCUCAAUAAUGACAGAAAUGCUCAAGAAGUUCCUCAAUUUCAUGAAUCUUACAUGUGAUGUGGGCACCGCAGGGCAGAAGUCCAUCUCUCGGGUCAUUGACUAUCUGGAGCACUGUUAGAGAGGCCCGGCUUUGUGGGGCGGGACCACACUGGGAGCUGACCGCUCGCCUCACACAGAGACCAGGACAGUUGUGUGGACCCAACUCCAGACACACACAGCCUGCUAAUAACGACCACCCAUCUUCAUCAUCGUCAACACCACGUUCACUAUACAUACUGGGAUGGCCUCCCCUCAGACACGUGAGGCCUGAAGCACUGUUUCAGCAUUCCACCUCUCCUAUUAUGACGUCUUUUUGGUAUAACCUGAGAAAUCGGAGCAAAUAAAAUAAGAAUAACAUUCCGUUAUAUUCUAGACGUUCUGUGUUCCAAACAUUGUUUUCUGUUCCCUCACGAAAUUGUAAUUUAUGAUUUGACUCAGAUUGAUAUUCAUUAAAUGUGGAUUUUUUUUGGGGGCACCUUUUUUCUUUAUUUGAUAUCCCCAAUUUGUGCUAUUCAGGUUGUACAUUUAUAUAAAAACUCCUUGUAUCCCAAAUCGAUAUGCUGCCUUCUUACUACAUCUGCCACAUCCUCCAUUGUAUUGGGUUUUGUUUUCUGCCUGCUGUAAAAGAUGGCUCUCUCCCUGCCUCCCUCCUUUGUUUAUUUCCGAUUGUCAUCAAAGUGCCUGUGUGCCUGAAUUCCCCCCCUCUGAAUCCAUAGAAAGCUUUCAGCAGUGACCCACACAACUGGAAUAAGAACGCAAAGCAAAAGCUCAAGCUCUCAGCCCGCUUUGAAAUGCUGAAAACCCCCAGAGCCCAAUAGCCCCACUGCACUGAAGCGCUUUUAUUGCCUUCACGAAUGUCCUCUUUUUUUGUGUGUGUGCGUUCUAAAAACCUCUGUCGUUGAGUGGAGGGUGUAAAAGGUUUAGAAAUGAACGAAUAGAGUUUAUUUCCGUUUAAAAGUACAUGGAGUGGUGAGGAUAAUAAAUAAUUGCUGGUUUGGUGAGCACCUCACCUCUGUCCAAGUCAAUACUAUCGGAGAUUGUAGUUAUUCAAUAACAGACCUGAAAUGGUCCACAUCUGUAGUUUUCACUAACGUGAGAGAACUACAUAAUUUAGUCUAUGCUUCCCCCUAUCAUUAUUGGUUAUGGCCAACAGGAAAGUAUGGAUGUUUGUCUUUCAUUUGUGCUGGAGAGACUGUUGGGUCUGAAUGACCACACUGCUUCACCUAGCUGUUAAAGGCUGUAGAACACUUUACAGUGUUGGUUUUCUGUUUCUGAAGAAAUACAAACCAGUCUGGUAUUGUUAUAUUCUGCCCCUCUGCAAUGCUUCAAUUCCUUUAAGCUUUUCUCAAUAAGAAAUCAACUGGACUAAAAGACUGCAGUAUUUUUAGCUUUUCAAACUUUUGAAAUUAAGCACUUGAAUUGAUAAGAGCGCUAUUGUUCAUGAACUGAGCCUCUCAGUUUAGCAGUUGCUAUAGCCAUACUCACUCCGUUCUGAGUUUCAUAAUGUGAUGCCCAUUAUAUAACCUGUUUCAUAGCCAGUGUUCUCAGUUUUGUUUAAUUUAGGCUUGGUUGGGACUGCUAUCGGCUGCAUGACGUCAGCUAAUGAAUCGGUCCUAUGCUGUUUACCAUAGUUUUCUCCUAUAAAACUGUAAUAUCCCAGCUUGGAUGCUGAGAGGUUGGUGGGUGCUGUGGCUGUGGGCUGUUUGGAGCUAAAAUGUACAGAAUUGGAGAUGCAAAGUUUCCCCAUUUUAUUUUCUAAAGUUGCAUUUAUUCCCCUUUGUAUAUUUACAUGUUUUGUUUUCGUUUCUCUUUGCUGUUAUAAGACACACACACACACACACACCCACAGCCGUGCAAACAUUAAAGCUUAAGCCAUCUUCAUGCACACACCCUCAUCAAUACUUUCUAAGCUGUUAAGCCUCUUGUAUUUCAAUCUGAUGUAUGCUAUAGUCAUGAGCCACACCAUUAGUUGUUGUUUUUUAAGCUUAAUUAACACUUUACAGUUUACAAGAGCUUUAUUCACAAAUCUGGAAAUGAAUGGAACAAUGUAAAUACUUUUGUAAAUAUUGCCUAUUGGAAAUUAGAAAUGGUAGACUACUUUUCUGAAUCCAAUCCUAUUUUUAUUUUAUACAGCAUUUUCAGUUGUGUUAUUUGAAAGACAGAUUUAAAAAGGUGUAAAAAGCCAAAUGCAGGAACAUGAUCUUUGUACCAAUUUCAAGAAUGUCUUUGGUUACUUGUAUAUAAUUUUAAUUUGAAUAAAAAUUGCUACUUUCAGUAAA